AUGAUUAUGCAAGGACAAUGGUGGGAUACAGAUAUUGAACAACUCAAUCUACGGCCAGCUCCGAUUUGCGAGGCUUAUCUCAUCAAUGGUCUUGCCGGAGAUUCCUAUCCUUGCUCUGAGAACAGGAUGUUUAAGCUCAAGGUAAUACAAGGGAAAACAUACUUGCUACGGAUUAUAAACGCGGCACUCAACACUCACCUCUUCUUUAAAAUAGCCGAUCACAAUGUGACAGUUGUCUCUGUGGAUGCUGCCUACACAACACCUUACGGUAGCGAUGUGAUGAUCUUGACGCCGGGACAAACUGUCGACGCACUUCUCACGGCCGACCAGCCCAUUGGAAUGUACUACAUGUCGAUAAUCCCUUACCUAAGUGCUAGCUCGUUAGCACCAGCCCCUCCUAGGAAAGUUAUCAAUAGCUUAAUCGUCUACAAGGGUGCCACGUCAACCACAUCCCCAUCAAGGUCGUUGAUGCCUUCACAGAUCAAUUCAGUAUCCACCGCUCAUAGGUUCUCUUCGAACAUCACGAGCCUCGUGGGUGGACCCUACUGGACACCAGUGCCUCGCCACGUAGACGAGAAGAUGUUCGUAACCAUGGGGCUUGGCUUAGAACAAUAUGCCCUUCGGAAACCAAGUGUGCUGGUCCGUCAGAACACAGGGAUAAUCACCACAGAGAGCCAUCCCAUGCACCUUCAUGGCUUCAAUUUUUAUGUGUUGGGUUAUGGAUUUGGUAACUAUGUUCCUGCCCGCGAUGCAAAAAAACUAAAUCUAGUUAACCCGCAAAUGCACAAUACUGUUGGUGUACCACCAGGAGGAUGGGUUGCCUUAAGAUUUAUCGCCAAUAAUCCUGGUGCAUGGAUAUUUCAUUGUCACAUGGAUGCACAUUUACCGUAUGGGAUUAUAAUGGUUUUCAUAGUUGAGAAUGGACCAACUCCGGAAACAAGCUUGCAGCCUCCACCAUCAAAUCUUCCACAAUGCACACAUGAUCCGACGAUCUAUGAAUCGCCGACCACUAACGUUGGGUUAUCAUACUAG